GCGGACGGUGCGAGUUCCUUCCUCAGCCAGUGAGCGGCAGUAGCGCGCUGAUGUGCUGCUGAUCUCCGCGGCGUAGAGGAAGACGAGCAGAAGAAACACGCCACGUGAGUUUACUGUCCACUGGAGGAAGCGUUAUUUACUGAAAAGUACACAAUGAAAACAGAAAAACAGCUCCAACAACAGAAGAAUGAGAAGCAUUUCAGUAAAAAGAAUUCAAAGAAAAAUGCUGACCCUGCAUCAGAUGACCACCUCCAGCAGAUUCCUCAUCGCUUGCGUGAAAUCAUGAAGAGUAAAGAGAAGAUGAAACAGGGCUCCCAAAAGAGGAAAAAAGGUACUUUAGCCUCUAAGCCAAAGAUGCUCUCAGGAGAUAUUCCUAUCCCACACUUCCGCAGAGGGCGAAAGGAGUCCGAGAAGAAUUAUGUCCGCCGCAUGACCGAAGAGACUGAGCAUGUCCUCUUUCUCACGAACAACCAGGUAGAGAGACAUCCGGAGGUCAAGCUAAAGAAAGAAGAGGACACAGAGGAGAAGAAAUCCACUAAAAAGAAAUGGCUCCAUAAAAGGAAACUUCAGCAACAGAAAAAGAAGCUAAACCAGCAAGAGGAACAUGAAGAGGAGGAGAUGUUCAAAGAUGAGGUACCAUUUGGAGAGGUUGCCAUGGCGCCUCCAUCACUGAGCGUUAAACCAAAGAAAGCCGUAGUCAAACCCCAGGGGGCAACCAAAGGCCUCCUCCUGAACUCCCUCCUGGGUCACAGUCCUGCGUCGCUCAUCAAACCUUCUAUGGCGAGGAAGAGGAUUGUGGAGGAAGAGCGGGAGAGAGUGGUGCAGCUGUACAGACAGAUGAAGCAGAAGCAGAGAGACAAACAAGAGCAGGACAGGGCUGCCAUGACCUCCACAUGAUGCACUGCUAUUUGUAUUAUAUAGUAUUGUAUUAUAUCUAUGUGUAUAUUUCAUUUUUCUACACAUUUUGCUACCUCUGCUGGCCAACAAUACCAUAUUGAUGGAUUUUGUGGUAAAAUAUUUACAAGUGGAUGUAGCAGGACUGUGUAUAAGGCAAACAAAUAAAUUAGUUCACACUUUUAAAUAAUGCACAGUGAGUUCACAUGCAUUUGGUCCCUUAAUACUCAAAAUGACUCAAGUAAAAUAUUGAUAUUUGAAAAUGAAAGAAUUAUCUGGUGUUAUUAUAUAAAUUUAGGCAUUUAUUCUCAUCCUGCACCUUUUAUGCUACAGAAUGAUACCUGAAACUGUGGCUUGAUGAAAGCUGUGAUAUUACUUUUUAAAAGCAAGUGAUCAUUGAUUGUCACUAUAUAUAGUUUAUUUUUAUUAAUAAAUUAUAUAUAUAUAGUGACAAUCAGUGAUCACUUACUUUUAAAAAGUAAUAUCACAGCUUUCAUCAAGCCAGUUUCAGGUAUCAUUCUGUAGCAUAAAAGGUGCAGGAUGAGAAUAAAUGCCUAUAUAUAUAUAUAUAUAUAUAUACACACACAACACAUUUUUGUUUUUUUUACAUUAUUUUCGUUUGUAGUACAAUUUUGUAAAUUUUAUUUCCCUUUCAUGCUUUCCCAUUAAAUUUUCGAGUGGAUAUA